AGCCACAGCCGCCGCUACCGCCGCCGCCUCCACCACCGCCACCACCGCCUCCACCGCCUCCACCACCGUGAGGCUUCGAACCCGAACACGACCGAGCGUCGUCGAGCAACAACGGAAACGUACGAGCGGUGCGGUUCGAGCGGCCGAGCGAGCGAUACGGUCGAGCAGUGCGGUGCCGACUCUUGCUGCCGCGGUUACAGAUUCUGCGGUGUGUGUGUGCGCGCGUGUUUACACGACGAGAGGGAGAGAAAGAGAAAGAGAGAGAAAGAGAGGGACAGGGAGAGUUUGCGCCGCGGAGGCGAGGGCAGGAGAACUCGAAAGAGAGACAGAGAAAGAAAGAGAGAGAGAGAGAGAGAGAAAAAGAGGAGAGGCACUCGCGAGAGCAGAGGAGAAACGCAAAAAGCGGCGGAGAAGUCUGUGAGUCGUCCGCGAAACACGGUGCGUACGCGCGUGUUCCGUCGAGCAAGUUCCCUCUCGCAGGAGGAUUCACGCAGCACCGUGAGUACGUACGUACGGUGAUAUACGUACGCCUCUCGGUUCGGCUCGUGAUAUCGUUCGGCGUAGUAUCGCGAGAUAUCGCGAGUUCGCGGCACGAACAACGCUCGACGGAGCCGACGGCGGAGAGACGUCAUCGUAAGAAACGUUGCGCAGUGUCGUCGUGCUUGGUGCGACGCGACGUGACCGGCACGCACUCACCGUGAGAAGCGCGAGAACGAUAACGCGCCAAUCACUCUCGCGCGCGGUUGCAUUUAGCGGGGCGUGGGUGCACCAGCACCACACCGCGCUGCACCACACCGCGCCGCACCGCACCGCGUCGACGGCGGUGCGACGAGACGGCGGGCGGUGCGCGUAAUUCAAAAGGUGCGCGCGACGGCCGCGGCGAGAACAUGACAGACGACACGGAGUGCGCGAAUUUGAGGCGGCAUUGUGUCGCGGGUGAAGGGACGAUAAUAUAAACGUAGUGAGGCAGAAAAGAACGGUGGGAAGCAAAGAGAGAGAUAGAGAGAGAGAGAGAGAGAGAGAACGCACGCAAGGCCGAGGGGAGAGAAACUCCUCCGAGAAAGAAAGCUUCCAAACCAAGUACAUCCGCGCGGCCAGUGAUCCCGUGUGCGGCUCGCGUGUUGUGUGCGCGUCCGCGCCUUUCGUGAGUGUGUGUUAGUGCGAGCGGACCCAGGCCGCGCGCGCGCAUGCGAGUGGGCCCAGGAGAAGAGAGGAAAGAGAGGAGAGCAGAGACUUUCGUGGCUUCCGGCCUGUUGGCGCGGAGGCGUUCCGGCUGGCGAUCGCGGUCUCGCGGAGAGGAUGCUGGUAACGUCGCCGACGGUCGUCACGACGAGGGCUACGAUGACGACUUCCCGAGGUCUCGACUGAGUUCUCGAUUCUCGGGAUUCACCGAGAGAGGGAGAGAGAGGGAGAAAAACAGAGAGUAAAAGAAAGAGAGAAAAAGAUUCUCGCCGCGUCAUCAUCGGCGUCGGUUUCGCCGCCGCGACGGUGGCCGUCGACGAGCGUCGUCGUGCUGCUGGCCGCGGCGUGUACCGCGAUCGUUAAUCAGGUGUUAUUCCGAAUCAGGUGUUCGUGAAGCAAGGAACGCGAAAAGCCGCGCUUUUCAAGUGCCGACGGCACGUUCUCUGCAAGCCAUUGUCGUCGGGGAUUCGGUAGGGAAACUCUGAACGAUAGUCGUAUCCGAGUAAUUGAUGAUUGUAUUCUUCAAUCGCUGUCACUACAGAUUGGACAUCGCAUCCUGUGACUAUUCACGAUUCUAGAAAUUAAGAGACAUUAAGGGAUAUUAUUUGCGAGGACCCUCACAGUCGUGGUAAUCGAAAGACUCGCAAAAGAUCCACGACUAUUCCGCGAUCACGCGAUCCGAAGAACCUUUCUCGGAACCACCCGCGAUCCUAAUAAUCACCUUCGAAGGAUCUCGGAGCCGGUAUCGAUCCCGAGCCGUGGAACGCGUGGGGACGCACGGUAGACCUUCGUCGUCACGAAGAAACCGUAUUCACGUUACGAAGGGAUUACUUAGAUUCGUUCCUAUCCCGGAGCAAGCCGUCCUCGUUUUUGGCGACGAUAAAGGAGCGUCCACGCGACGCCAAGAUCCGGAUACAGAAGGAAUAACGCGAGCGACAUCGCGACGCCAGCCGACGGCGGAUCACUUCCGGUGAAAUCAAGAACGCGAACGACACAGCCAGGAUGCAGGUGGCAACGUUGUUCAGGGAGAGCGCUACCCUGCUGGGUGCAUCCAGCCUGGACCCCCCGCAGACUCACCAUCAUCAGAGUAUGCACCAACCGCAACAGCAACAGCAGCAGCAUCAGCAGAUGCAGCAACAGCAACACGCCACCGACAUGCACCUAGUCGGCCACCACAUGCAGCACCAUUACAAGAUGUAUCCGUCACCGGUGCAGAAUGGAGGACCAAACGGCACGACGACAAUGAGUUGCGCGAGUUCUCAAGGGGUGAUGGUGAAGCAGGAGGCGAGGGACGACGGUUACGAGACGAGUCCGGACCUCGAGAUGAGGAGCACCGGCGGUGACAGCAGUCAGCAGUAUCACACGCCGCUGACACCACACACACCGCACACACCGCACACGCCGCACACGCCCCUCACGCCGAUAUCGGCGACAGCGCAUCAACCCCAGCAGCCGGGCUCGACCGCCUCCACCCUCGGACAGGUCGCGAUAAAAUGCGAGACGCCGGUGGACCCAUAUUCGUUUGUCGACGAAGAGAUGUCGAUGGGUGGUAUAAGGACAGCAAGCAGUCCAGGCGGCGGCGGCGGCGGCAAUCCUGAGAGCAUGACGUGUCCGAACGGCGCCCAACCUGGGCUAGGUACACCCACGUCGACGCCGCCCGGGGCGCUGUCCGGACCACAACAUCAUCAGAUGAAUCUUGUGAUGAACGGCACCGCCAGCAUCAAUCCGCAGCUGGCGCAUCAGCCGAAGAAGCGAGGCCGCAAAAAAAAGUCGGAGAUGAUACUCACCCCCGAGGAAGCGGAACUCGCAGAGGCCAAGAAACGUGCAAAGACGUACAAAGAGAGGAAGAAGCACGACAGGUUCGACGGCAUGCCGGAAGAGGAAGUGAGCAAACGCGUUCUACCGGACCAUCUCGCCAACAACCUUGACAUUAUUAUAAUUGGUAUCAAUCCCGGACUGUUCGCAGCUUAUAAGGGACAUCACUAUGCUGGACCUGGAAAUCACUUCUGGAAAUGCCUACAUCUAAGUGGUCUCACGCCCGAACCAUUGACUGCGGACGACGAUUACAAGCUUUUGCGACUCGGUAUCGGCUUUACAAAUAUGGUAGCACGUGCGACGAAAGGCAGCGCAGAUCUUACAAGAAAGGAAAUUAAAGAAGGUAGUCACAUUCUGCUCGAGAAGUUACGAAAGUAUAAGCCAAAAAUUGCAGUAUUCAACGGCAAACUCAUAUACGAAGUAUUCUCGGGAAAGAAGGAAUUUGGGUUUGGCAGACAACCGAACCUCGUCGACGGCACCAAUACGUACAUGUGGGUUAUGCCCUCGAGCAGCGCGAGGUGUGCUCAACUACCGCGUGCUGCUGACAAGGUGCCAUAUUACGCUGCCCUGAAGAAGUUCCGCGACUACCUAAACGGUACGAUCACGCACUUGGACGAAUCAGACAUCGUAUUCGCCGAUUCAAAGCUCAAGAAGAAGGAACACGAACCGAUCGAGGAUAAGAAGCCAGUGUUUACCGACGAUUUGCCCGACGGUGAGAGCCGAAUCACGGAGAUCAACGGCAUGGGAAUUAAGCAGGAGACGGGCGUGAUACCUGGCAAGAAGAAACGCGGAAGACCGAAAAAGAUAAAAAAUCCAGAGGAUCAGCCACCGCCGGAUCCCGAGAAGCUGGACGCAAACGGCGAGGUCAUUAAAAAACGCCGCGGACGCCCGAAAAAGAUCCAUCAACAACAAAAGCAAAUGGAGCGAGAGAAUCGUGAGAGAGAGCAGCAACAGCAGCAGCAUCAAGUGAUAGGCCACUUGAACGACGGAUACAGUAACGUGUCUAACUGCUUUUCGCCACCAUUGAUGUCACCUCCAAAGUUCCAGCACAUGGCACCGUACGCGCCGACGAUGAAUGACGGCUUCUUCGGCCAGGGCAUGAACGACAAUAGCCCGUACAAUAUGAGCGCGAAGCAAAGCCCAGUGCACCUGCAGCAGCAUUACAGCCAGAGCCCCAAGUCCAUGUCGCUGUCGUUCACGCACUCGGACUUAUCGUCGGAAAUCAAUACUGCAAUCUCGUCGGAGAACAAUCUCGAGCCGUCGCCUUUGACGUCGCCUAGCGUCGAGCAUCCAGACUUCGAACCGCCCACCAGCAUGUCGCAGCAAAACAUGGGCAAUGACCAUCGUCAGUAUAAUCCGGCUGGAGGGCCCGAUCCGACGGGUCACCAUGGCAGUCCUGGCACGCCGUCCCAUAACAGCUACGCCAACUACAUGGGUUACCACGAGCAGCCACCAGACGCGCAUAAUCCGCAUCCGCAUCAAACGACAUCGACGCCUCUCAGCCAGACCGGCGAGGAGCACUCCCAUCAUUCGCAUCCAACGCCGCCGCAUCCACACACGCCCACCCAUACGUCCAUGUCGCCGCACCAUCCGCACGAGCAGUACGGCAUCAAAAGGAACUCCGGCCAGGACGUGGCGUCGAAGAGUCUGAGCGAUCUAGAAUCGCUUGUGGACCAGAUCCCGAGCAUAGCCGAUGGCGGUAGUCAGCGUCUGCAACAUGCGCAUCCGGGUAUGCCGGGCGACGAUAGCUUGGCGGAGAAGAUGGACGCCCACCAUCAGUCCUACAUGUCCGGUUUCGGCGGCAUGCCGGCUGGACCAACUGGAAUGUCUAAUUAUAGUCCACCGUUGCCGCCGGGUAGCGGAAUCUAUCCCGCCUCGCUACAUCACUCUCCCACUGACGCUGGUUACGGUGGUUUAUACGCUAUGAACAGUCGUCAUCAUCAAGACUCUCAGCAACAGCAGCAGCAGCAACAUCAACAACAGCAACAGCAGCAGCAGCAACAGCAGCAGCAGCACAGCAAGUCCUACACGGUGGAAAAUCUCGCGUCCAGUAACUACACCCCUAGCAUGAAUCACGGACACCCCAGCAACAAUUACCCUAACAUCAUACCCGGGCACUAUCCGGUGCCGAUGGGCUCGACCAAUGGCUAUCUGUUCGGUGGCCUCGAGACAAGCUUGAUGCAGCGUACGUACGGAAUUGGUGGGAUGAGCGGCAUGAGUAGCAUGCAUCCAUCCGCCGCCCUCGGCCACCCGAUGGCAGCGAAUCCGUACCCGUACAACGGCUCGUACUCAAGCUCGUUCGAUGCUUACCCAGCGCCACCGACGAGCAUACACGCGCCCAGCGCCAAUUACCCCGGCUACGUCGGCACGGCUGGAGCGGCGUCCAGCAGCACCACCACGCCGCCGUCCUACCUCGCACCGUCGCACCACAGACCACCGGUCGACCUCUCCUACGACGGUGUAUGAUAAUCGAUGUGAGAUACCGUUCGCCGACCCACCACCAGCCCCCGAUGAUCCUAUCUCUUUCUCUCUCCAUCCCAUCCUCCAUCUC